AACUAGAAUUUUUAUUGUGUUUGUUAUUAAUUUAUCAAACCAGUUUUUGUUUAUAAUGUUAUGUAGAAAAUGGUAGAGGAACUAAAAGCUGAAAAGGCAAAGAGAGCUGAAGAAAUGAGGAAGAAGCAAGUUCAAGAAAGAAAUAAAUCACUAGAAAAUUAUAAAGAAACAGAAUGGUCCUCUAUGUCACAGUUUGAAGAGCAUUUCAAUGAAAUUGAAAGUUCGUUAGAUAAUACAUUUGGUAAUGAUUCUAAUGAUGAUGAGAAAAAUAUAGACUAUAAUGAGGAAUUAUAUUGUGUUGCAUGUGAGAAGGAUUUUAGAUCUGCCAAAGCAAUGAAAAAUCAUGAAAACUCAAAAAAACAUAAGGAAAAUGUUGCUCUUUUAAAAUUUAUGAUGGAGGAAGAAGAGGCAAUGGAAAAUAGUAAUGCAGCUGAAAAUGGCAUUGAAGAAGAGGAUGAUAAUACAUCAAAAAAGUCUGAUUCAGAUGAAAAUGUAUCUAGUGAAGCAUUGCUAGAUGUGUUGAUAAAAAGUUCCACAAAAUCCAAAAAGAAGAAGAAGAAAAACAAGGUGGCUGUACUUGAACCUGAAGAAUCUAUUGAUUCGAGCACCUUAGAUUCAGAAAUGAGUAAAAUUAAAAUUGAAGAUGAUGAUCUAACAAAUGAAAGCCAAAAAGAUAUCCCCGAAGAUAAUGCUGAACAGAAUUUGACAGCUAAAAGCGAACCCAUUAGGAAAAAGGGAAAGAAAGAGAAAAUUCAAAAGGACGCAAGUUCUUCUAACACCGUAUCUCCAGUUGUUGAAGAAAAAACUGAGAAACCUUCCACAUUGUGUGAAACCUGUAAUACUACCUUCAAGUCAAGAAAUAAACUUUUUGAACAUCUUAAAGAAAGUGGACAUGCUGUAUAUAAAAAUGAAAAUUCUGUUAAUCGACACUCCUCCGGUGAUGGACAUAGUAAAAAGUUGCGAAGAAAAAAGUUAUAACUCUUGCUUAAUAUAGUUUUUAAUAAUCCUGUAUGAUAUUAUUAUUAAUAAAGUAUGUUAAUUUAUUGUGUUAUCA